GUUCUGUGCUCACAACGAAGUUUGGACAGAAAGCAUGAAGCUGAGUGCUGCUGUUCUCUUCUUCUCCAUCUUGUUGCAGUACUGCACCAGCAGCGGCCAGCCAGAUAGCCGAGCAGGUUUCAUAAGCAUCGACUGCGGCAUCCCGGAGAACUCCACGUACCAGGACCUCACCUCCACCAUACUCUACGUCUCCGACCGCGGCUUCGUCACCUCCGGCGAGAACCGCAACAUCUCCGCCGGCUACAUCAGCCCGUCCCUCGCGCAGCGCUACUACACCGUCCGCGCCUUCGCGUCCGGCGUUCGGAACUGCUACACCCUCCCCUCCCUGGUCGCCGGGAACAAGUACCUCGUCCGCGCCGCCUUCUACUACGCGGACUACGACGGCCUGAGCACGCCGCCCGUCUUCGACCUGUACCUGGGCGCGAGCCUCUGGCACGAGGUCAGGUUCAGGGACGCGGCCGCGAUCAACUGGAUGGACGUCGUGGCCGUGGCUCCCACCGACUUCCUGCAGGUCUGCCUGGUGAACAAGGGCACCGGCACCCCGUUCAUCUCCGGCCUGGACCUCAGGCCGCUGCGGAGCACUCUUUACCCGGAGGCGAACGCUAGCCAGUCCCUUGUCAUGGUCAACGCCAACCGGUGCAACGUGGGACCCACGGACAAGUCUGUGGUUCGGUACCCGCUGGACCCCCACGACCGGAUCUGGCUGGCGUACGGCGCCGUCCCGGCCUGGACCGAGGCGUCCGCCACGUCCGUCGUCCGGAACUACCUCGCCGACCCCUACGACGCGCCGUCCGCCGUCAUGCAGAGCGCCGCGACGCCAUCCGACGGCUCGGUGCUCAGUUUCUCGUGGGACACGUCCGACGACCGCUCCGUGGACGCCAGCAGCGCCACGUACCUCCUCGUCCUCUACUUCGCCGAGCUGCAGCGCGUGUCGGCGAGCGGCGAGCUGCGGCGGCAGUUCGACAUCGCCGUCGACGGCACCGCGUGGAACAGGGAACCUUACUCUCCGCCGUACCUCUUCGCCGACUCCUUCUCCGGCACGGUGCAGGGGCAGGCGAGGCAUAGCGUCUCGCUUACUGCGACGAGGAACGCGACGCUCCCGCCUCUUCUCAACGCCAUGGAGGUGUACUUGGUGAGGCCGGUGGAUGAAGCUGCAACCGACCCUGGAGAUGCUAAAGCCAUGAUCGCAAUCCAAGAAGCUUAUGUUGUGAGCAAAAACUGGAUGGGUGAUCCAUGUGCUCCAAAGGCUUUUGCAUGGGAAGGACUGGACUGUACUACUGAUCCUCCAACUGGUACUCCAAGAAUAACAGCAUUAAACUUGUCUUCAAGUGGGUUGACAGGUCCCAUCACUACCUAUUUUGGAGAUCUGAAAGCACUCCAAUACCUGGACUUGUCACACAAUAACUUGUCUGGCUCCAUUCCAGAUUGUCUUGGACAGCUUCCAUUCCUAGUGUUCCUGGAUCUCUCCAGCAAUGACCUCCGUGGACCAGUUCCUUACACUCUUCUUCAAAAAUCCCACAAUGGGACUCUAUCGCUAAGGCUUAGUAACAACCCAAAUUUGUCUGGGAACGGAUCGGGUCCAAAGAAGUUGAAUGGGGCCGCACUUCUCUCCGCGAUAAUCAUCCCAACAGUUGCCGCCACUGCCUUGUCUGUUACCUUCAUUGCUCUGCUGCUCCGAGCACUCAAGGAACAAGCUAGAAGACGGGCUGUUGAUCCAACUCCGAGAGAUGAGACGGCGUUGCUUGAGAACCGAGAAUUCUCUUACAGAGAACUGAAGCACAUCACGAAGAACUUUAGCCUGGAGAUUGGCAGAGGUGGGUUUGGAGCUGUCUUCCUUGGGUACCUGGGGAACGGAAACCCGGUAGCUGUGAAAAUCCGGUCGGAGUCGUCUUCGCAAGGGGGUAAAGAGUUUCUGGCUGAGGCUCAACAUCUGACGAGGGUACACCACAAGAACCUGGUAUCCUUGAUUGGCUACUGUAAGGACAAAGACCAUUUCGCCCUUGUCUACGAGUACAUGCCUGAAGGGAACCUGCAGGAUCAUCUGAGACUGAGAGGUUGUCUCAUCCUGGCCCACUCGAAUAUAAAACCAACUGGCUGUGUUCUGGAUCAAAUACUGACUGUGUUUCUUUUCUUUUUCUUUUAUUUUCGCUUGGGUGUCCAAUUUCUUCUGAUGUGCCUAGACACUUGCACUCACAGACCACUCACUUGGCAGCAACGCCUUCAGAUCGCCCUUGAUGCCGCUCAAGGUCUGGAGUACCUGCAUGUGGCAUGCAAACCAGCGCUGAUCCACAGAGACGUGAAGAGCAGGAACAUCCUCCUGACCACGGGCCUUGGGGCUAAGAUCGCCGACUUUGGUCUGACCAAGGCUUUCAGCGACUCGGAGACACACAUCACCACUGAACCAGCUGGAACAAUGGGCUACUUGGAUCCAGAGUAUUACCGCAGCUACCGGGCCAGCGAGAAGAGCGACGUGUACAGCUUCGGCGUCGUGCUCCUGGAGCUGGUGACAGGCCAGUCCCCGGUCGUCCCGGUGGACGACAGCGUGAGCGUCCACGUCGGCGAGUGGGUGCAGCAGAGCCUCGACCGGGGCGGCGGCGUCGAGAGCGUCGUGGAUCCGAGCAUGGGACGGUGCGAGCGCGGCGACUACGACGUCAACUCCGUCUGGAAAGUCGCCGACCUCGCGCUGCGCUGCCGGCGGGAGGCCUCCAGGGAGCGGCCUACGAUGACGGACGUGGUCGCGCAGAUCAGGGAGAGCGUGGAGCUCGAGGCGGCCCGCCGGAGCUCGGCGUCGGGUGCUGCUGCUGCUGGUGGUGGUGGGGGUCUGAGGAGUUGUGCCGGCGAGAGGGACGCGUUUGAGGUGGUGGAAGGAAGCGUUGGGGAGACGGCGGGGGCCGCGCCUGGUCCGGCGAUGAUCUGAGCUGAAGACUCUGAACUAAUUAAGGUACGAGGGUGGUGGUGGACAUGUGUUUCACCGUGAGAAACCUGCUCAGCAAGGGAAGAUCGGAACAGUGGGCCUUCUUUUUCUUCUUUUUUUACUGGUAAUGCAUUAUUGUUGGAGACAUCGUCGACAGGAUUUUGCUGAUGAAGCAACCAGGCAGCUAUCUUGUCUGCCGGUCACAUAUAUAAUGUGAGGAGGUUAGCUAGUAGUGGUAGGGGAACAAUUCCCUUGGCCAGGGCGAUUGAAUAAUACAAGUCUGAAUAUGAAAUCCAGAAACUAAUAAUUA